AUGGUUAACUUCAAGGGUGUUGCUGCGGCACUUGCACUCGGCGCUGCGGUCGUUGGAGCGAGCCCGGCUCGACGAGAUAAUGCGACGACUGGAAAUGUGAAGGAUAUCACGUGUAACGGCAAGGCGUAUUCAUACAAGAGCUUGGCUGGGUAUGGUCUGAUCAAGGCGAAUGCUGUGGAUAAGUAUGGCGACACGCUUGGUGGCAUCGGAAGCUCCAUUGCGAUUGAAAAGGGGUCGUGGAAGAAGAAUGGAGACCAGUACGAGGGAAUCGUCUGGACACUUCCAGACAGAGGGUGGAACACUCAAGGCACAAUCAACUACCAAAACCGCGUCCACAAGUUCCAAAUCCACUUCACCCCAGCCCAGACCGGAUCCCCAAAUCUCCAACUCACCUACCUCGACUCCGUCCUCUUCACCGGCCCAACCGGCGAGCCCACAACCGGCCUCGACGCCGACCCAACCGGCUCCCUUCAAUACCCAGGAUUCCCCGACCUCCCCGUCGCAACCUACCCAGGUGACGGCUACGCCAACACCACCGGCCCAGGCGACUCGCGCAUUGCCCUCGACGCCGAAGGCCUCGUCCUCACCCCAUCCGGCUUCUGGGUCAGCGACGAAUACGGCCCACGCAUCUACCACUUCGACCGCAGCGGCCGCAUGACGGCCGCCAUCGCCCCGCCCGCCGCAUUCACACCGCUGCGCAACAACACCGCCAGCUACGCAUCCGAUAACCCACCCCUGUACGACAGCACCCGCACCCUCACGCCCACGGACCCGCAGUCUGGCCGCGCAAACAACCAGGGCUUCGAGGGCCUCACGCUCUCCGCGGACGGCAACACGCUCUCCGUGCUCGUCCAGUCCGCGCUUAUCCAGGAGGGCGGCACGAGUAAGAAGGACGGGCUGCAGGCGCGGUUCUUGCAGUACGACGUCUCCAUUUCGCCGCCGGCGUAUCUGGGCGAGAAUAUCGUCUCGCUGCCGCAGUACACCAAUAACGAGGGCAAGAAGCGCGUCGCUGCGCAGUCUGAGAUCCUCGCUAUCAGCGCGUCGCAGUAUCUCGUCCUUGCACGUGACGGCGCGGGCCGUGGCGCUGAUUACUCCGAGUCGCUGUAUCGUCACGUCGACGUCUUUGACAUUUCUUCCGCAAGCAAUAUUAAAGGCGAUACGUAUGACAAGACGGGCGGUGCGAUCGCGGACAAGGACGGGAACCUCAAAAAGGGGCUCAAGGCAGCGACAUACUGCUCAUUUCUGGAUUUCAAUGUUAACAGCGAGUUGGCCAAGUUCGGUCUGCAUAACGGUGGGGCGCAGGACGACGGGUUACUAAACGAGAAAUGGGAGAGCUUGGCGCUUGCGCCGGUCUUGGGUGAGGACAAGGAGGAGUAUUUCUUGUUUUCGUUCUCGGAUAAUGAUUUUAUCACGACGGAUGGGCAUUUGAAUUUUGGCAAGUAUGCGUAUGCGGACAAGACGGAUCUGAACAACCAGGCGCUGGUAUUUAGGGUCUCUCUGCCAAAAGGGACGCAGAUAUAUGGAUUCUAGGGCAUGGGUUCGGACGAGGUGUAAAUAGAUAGGGGCGGACGAUGGACUGUAUA